UGUUUACAACUCAGCCUAUCACGAUCGACGGCCGAGAUCACCCCAUCAAGCUUUUAGCUGCCUUACAUCACGUUGCUUCUUUUAAGUUCCUGUUUUCUUGGCUAACCGGAACGAUUUUCACUGUCUUUGACUUCGAUCGCCCUUUUAAGUCGAUCCCUUCCUCUCAAUUAACUGAAGCCAACAUGGCUGGGUUUGCUUUGAUCGUUAAAAUCUUGACUUGUGGAGCGUUUCUUCUCUUCGCAGGAGUAGAUACGGUUAUAAGCGACAAAGUCCCAAUUCACAAGAAGGGUUAUUGCGUGUGGUAUGGUCAAUGUACGACUGGACCCAAAGCUAAGAACUGUCUGUAUAACGGACCGGCGAAACCUUUGACCGAUCCCAAGGGUUUGAAGGUGCUGAACAGCUUAUGCCCUGAAUUUAGGGGUCAACAUACUUGCUGUUCGACAAAACAGUUGGAUGCUUUGUCCAGCAAUUUAGACACCAUGGCGCAGCUGACAACUCGCUGCCCUGCCUGCUGGAACAACAUGAGAAGAUUGUAUUGCCAGCUGACUUGCAACCGCGAUCAGUCCAUGUACAUGGACCCCAGGAAGGUCGAUCAUUAUACUGGUCCGGUUAAAAUAACGCAGAUGAACUACUAUGUUUCUCCUACCUUCAAGCAAGGUCUCUUCGACUCUUGCAAGGACGUAAGGUUUCCAGGGAAUAACGAGAAAGUGCUGAAUUUGCUUUGUGGGCCGACAGCCGAGAAGUGUACUGCAGAAAAGCUGCUGAGGUACAUGGGAAAUACCGCGAAUGGAUUCGCGCCGUUCGAUAUCUAUUACCCGGAAUCGCUGGUCGACAACUUGUCCUGGAUGGACAUAACUGUUUUCAAAUGCAACAAGCCGUUUAUCGAUCCCCAAACAAAAAAGCCAGCGCCUAUUUGCAGCUGCCAAGACUGUGCCGCACCAUCCUGUCGGAACACUACCACGCCAAAACCAACUUACGGCCCUGAGUUUCGAACAGAGCAGCUGAUCAUUACGUCAACACAUCCCAGCCCCACUGGAUAUCGCCGCUAUGGAGACGAUAAGUGGAUUCCGUUUGGUCCCAUAUUUCAUCUGGAGUUGCUAAAUCAGGCUUUGGACCUCCAGAAUCACAUCACCAACAUGAAGGUUCCUUUUGAGGGUUCCUACAUCACUCUCCAAGACAUCUGCUUUCAACCACUGGCACCACAGAACAAAAAAUGCGCCAUUCCAAGUAUCUUCCAGUAUUUCCAAAACAACAAAACCAGGCUGAACAAAUGUCUCACCAGUUUGGGCUACAACUGUUCCGAUCCAAUCGCGAAAUUUGACUUUCGUAUGGCUGAUUUUCAUGAUCAUCUUUUACUUUGUCCACGCUCUCCGGCUUCAUUUGAUGUGAAACUUCAAAUACCGUGUCUUGGUGCAUAUGGAAAGCCUGUGGAUCCGAACACUGCAUUAGCUGGCUUCACAGCCAAUGCCUACAAUAACGCUACAACCUUGAUUAUUACCUUUGUGGUAAAUAACUACCAAGACCAACGCAGGAUGGCUGAAGUAAUGGCUUGGGAAAAAUCCUUCGUAGAAUACAUGAAAGAGUAUAUCAACGAUAGCUCCCAUGCCAACCUCACCAUCCACUACUCCACUCUCCACCCACUACUCCACCCAGUGUGAAGGACAUACCAGUAUCUCGCGGAGGGUGAUGUAACGUGAUCACGCUGUGUGGAUUGUUUGGUCCAUGUUCGCAGCAAUCGGAGCUUGCUGAAUAUGUCUUUGUCGCUGAUUUAGUUAACUCCAAUGGAGACAAUGACAAUAUCUAAUUACUAUUGUUACUCAUAACUGAAGUAAAAAAGAGACAAACAAAUCUAGACGUGAAAUGUAUUAAGCACCAUAUUAGUACGUAUGUAUGUAGUUUGGAUGUAAUUCUAACCUUUGAUUGCCUACGGUAAUAAUUAAAGUACCACUAACCUCAAAAUA